AUGCCGCAUGCCUUCAAGCCCGGGGACUUGGUAUUCGCCAAGAUGAAGGGCUACCCGCACUGGCCGGCCCGGAUCGAUGACAUUGCCGAUGGUGCCGUGAAGCCCCCGCCCAACAAGUACCCUAUUUUCUUCUUUGGUACACACGAAACAGCCUUCCUGGGACCCAAGGACCUGUUUCCUUACGACAAAUGUAAAGAUAAAUACGGGAAACCCAACAAGAGGAAAGGCUUCAAUGAGGGACUGUGGGAGAUCCAGAACAAUCCCCACGCCAGCUACAGCGCUCCUCUGCCGGUGAGUUCCUCUGACAGCGAGGCCCCUGAAGCCGACCCGGCAGGCGGGAGCGAGGACGACGAGGUCCGAGGGGUCAUGGCUGUCACAGCCGUGACUGCCACAGCGGCCAGUGACAGGAUGGAGAGUGACUCAGACUCAGACAAAAGCAGUGACAACAGUGGCCUGAAGCGGAAGGCGGCAGCCCUGAAGAUGUCCGUCUCGAAACGAACUCGAAAGGCCUCCAGUGACCUGGAUCAAGCCAGUGUGUCCCCAUCGGAGGAGGAGAACUCAGAAAGCUCAUCUGAGUCAGAGAAGACCAGUGACCAGGACUUCACUCCUGAGAAGAAAGCUGUGGUCCGGGUGCCUCGGCGGGGCCCCCUUGCAGGGCGGAAGAAAAAGAAGGUGCCCUCAGCCUCCGACUCCGACUCCAAAGCAGAAUCCGAUGGGGCCAAGGGCGAGCCAGUGGCAGCGGCCAGGUCAGCGCCAUCCUCCUCUUCCUCCUCCCCUUCCUCCUCUUCCGACUCGGACGUGUCUGUAAAGAAACCUCCUCGGGGCAGGAAGCCAGCAGAGAAGCCGCCGCCAAAGCCCCGUGGGCGGAAGCCGAAGCCCGAGCGGCCCCCGACCAGCUCGAGCAGUGACAGCGACAGCGAUGAGGUGGACCGCAUCAGCGAGUGGAAGCGCCGGGACGAGGAGCGGCGGCGUGAGCUGGAGGCCAGACGGCGCCGGGAGCAGGAGGAGGAGCUGCGGCGGCUCCGUGAGCAGGAGAAGGAGGAGAAGGAGCGGAGGCGCGAGCGCGAGCGUGGGGAGGCCCCACCCGGGGGCAGUGGGGGCAGCAGCGGGGAUGAGCUCGGGGACGAGGAUGAGCCCGUCAGGAAGCGGGGCCGCAAGGGCCGGGGGCGGGGACCGCAGUCCUCCUCCGACUCUGGGCCCGAGGCUGAACUGCAGAGAGAGGCAAAGAAGGCAGCAAGACAGUCACAAAGCACAGAGCCCACAAGGAGACCCAGCCAGAAGGAGAAGAGAGGGCGCCCCGAGGAGAGGCCCCGAGCCAGGCCCGCGAAGGUGGAACGAACCCGGAAGCGGUCAGAAGGAUUCCCACCCGACCGGAAGGUGGAGAAGAAGAAAGAACCUUCCGUGGAGGAGAAGCUGCAGAAGCUGCACAGCGAGAUCAAGUUCGCCCUGAAAGUUGACAAUCCGGACGUGCAGAGGUGUCUGAAUGCACUAGAGGAGCUGGGGGCCCUACAGGUGACCUCGCAGAUCCUCCAGAGGAACACAGACGUGGUGGCCACGUUGAAAAAGAUCCGCCGUUACAAGGCCAACAAGGAGGUGAUGGAAAAGGCCGCGGAGGUCUACACCCGGCUCAAGUCUCGGGUCCUGGGACCAAAGAUCGAGGCCAUCCAGAAGGCGACCAGAGCCGGGGUGGAGAAGGAGAGGGCCGAGGUGGAGAAGGCCGACGAGGCCCUGGCCGGAGAGGAGGCUCCCGCGGAGAGGGCAGAGGUCGAGGCGAGCACUGAUCUCUCAGCCCCAGUGAACGGCGAGGCCACGUCCCAGAAGGGGGAGAGCACAGAAGACAAGGAGCUGGAGGAAGGACAGAAUUCCGAGGAGGGGCCGGGGUGUGGCUCCUCUGAAGAGCCAUUACACAAUGACACGCGGGAGGGCCCCGAGUUGGACGCGCCCGGGAAGGAGCGGCAGGAGCGCGUGAGGGUGCGGUUGGACUCGGAGUCCCUGGACGAGGAGGACAGCUGAGCCCCGGCGGCCAGGCCCACCCGUCGCACGUAGAUGCCCCAGGCCUGCCCCGGCCCCCGCCCACCACCUGUGGAGCAGAGACCUGUUGGGGAAGCGUCGUGCUGUCCCUUUGUAUCUGUCCCCUGGGUUGUUUUUCUGCCUAACUUCUGUGAUUUCCAACCGACAUGAAAUGACUAUAAAGGGUUUUUUUAAUGAAAGUCA